GCGGGAGAAAGAAGACACCGGUCUUCCUGAAGUAGCUUCACUCGUUGUUCCUCUUAUAUGGGAGUGCACUUGUAGAAAAGCUUAGGGCAUUCAGUUGACGUUUCCCAUUUAUUGACUUUGCCAAGUAUAUCACUACCCUUUUAACGACUAUGGAAGUCAGGGUUAAGUGUGAAGUCUGAAAUGAAGUGCAAUGCCUGCUGGCGGGAACUGGAAGGACGUGCAAUAUCAACAACUUGUGGUCAUAUUUUGUGCACAGAUGAUGCUGGUAAGAUUCUUAGCAAUGAUGCCGCAUGUCCCAUCUGUGAUCAGAUACUUUCCAGAAGCCUCAUGAAACCUGUGGAUCUAAAUCCAAAUGAUGAAUGGAUAAACAUGGUCAUGGCUGGAAUAUCUCCACAAAUUCUCAUGAAGAGUGCAUACAGAAGUGUGAUGUUCUUCAUUGGGCAGAAGGAUCUUGAAAUGCAGUACAAAAUGAAUAAGAUCGUUGGGCAAUGUAGGCAGAAAUGUGAGGCUAUACAAGAAAAAUUCUCAGAGAAACUGGAGCAAGUACAUACGGCAUAUCAGAAGAUGGCAAAGAGAUGCCAAAUGUUGGAGCAGGAGGUUGAGAGCCUUUCAAAGGAUAAACAGGAGCUUCAGGAGAAAUUCGCAGAGAAAUCAAGGCAGAAGAGGAAACUUGAUGAGAUGUAUGAUCUCUUAAGAAGUGAGUACGAGUCCAUGAAGAGAUCAGCUAUCCAACCAGCAAAUAACUUCUUUCAAAGAUCAGAACAUGACCUCUUUGCUAGCCCUGCUAAUCUGAUGGAUAACAGAGACCCCCUUCUCAGACAAGGUGGUGGGUCGGUUUCCACCCCUGAAACUCCAGGACAAAGAGAAGAUAUGUGGGCCCCACAGUCGAGGCAGAAGAAUUCCUCAGGAGCCAACAGUGGUGGCACCUUCGACGUGUCUGGCGUUUCUCCAGCAAAGCAAGUGCCGGUUUCAGGGGACCCAUUGACAGGUAGGAGGGCCCCACGCCCUAUGUUUGGAUCCUCCGCAAUGGGCGCUACCGGCGGUGGGGCCAACCCCUCUGCCACUCUGCGAAACCUCAUUCUCUCUCCUAUGAAGCGACCUCAGAUGUCUCGCACUAGGCCUCAGCUCUUCACGUAACUCUCUCUCUCUCUCUCCUCAUCCUCCCCCCCUCCCCCCAAAAAAAAAAAAACCAACACCCAAUCCCCCAAAACAAAUGUAGAUAAAGAUACCUGUUUUCCCACAAGAGGUAGAAAUUAUGCAGGGUUUUGAGGUUGAGAAUGCUUAUUCAGUGUCCGUCAUUCAUGAUGUUACUGCUUAUUGUUUUCAUUUCCUCAAUGGCAGUUGCAGUUCUCUGAAAAUGUUUAGAAUCUAGUGCAAUUGGAUAUUAUUUUGCAGUACAGUAAACCUGGUGGGAUAUCCGGUAUACAUCCUGAAUCACACAUGGAACUUUUUUGAUCCGAGGCCCUGAACCAGAUAAAAACAAGGAAAAUCAGCAUGGUUCAGUUUCUCACUCGGACCAAAAAAGCUUUUUGUCUUUAUUGGCUGGUGCUGAUUUCCUUCUUGACUCCAUUCACUUUGCCCGCAUUAUCUCUAUUGGCUGGUGCUCAUUUCCUUCUUGACGCCCUUCACUUUGCCUGAUCUUAGUGCCAUUUGUCUUAUUCCCAUUUUAUGUUGAUGGAAAAUGAUCAGUUUUUCGUUCGUCAUUUAACACAGUUCGAAUUUUGGGUUUUUCUGAUGCCAGGUUGUAGGUAAAAGGUAACGGUGUUCUUAAACCCAAAGUCUCAACUAACUGUCAAUGCUGUGCUUUCCUUUCAUUUGAAAUUUCUAUUCGUUUCUUCUUUUGUUGGACCACUGGAAGGCAUCAAUGGUGAAUUUUGAAGCUUCAAUAACAUUCGGCUGUCCAUUCUUUGUUGUGUAACAAAAUCUUUGGGUUCAUUUUAUCUUGAAUCAUUUGCUUCACCAUUUUGAAGCGUCAAUAACAUUCAGCUGUCCUUUCAUGUGUAACAAA